AUGUAUUCUUUAAAGCUGCACUCCAUUCCAUUGAGUCGCGGCAACCCUGACAGUGCGCGGCGAGGGGGCCAGGGGGGGAAACUGGGUCGUUCGCGACGUGCUGUCAAGUUCAAGGCCACGCGAAGGGGGCUCCAGAUCGUCCAUAGAUGGCGUUGCGUGAUUCGAAAAUAUUUCGCGUGCGGGGUGCGGCGGGGCGCGCGGCGGAGGGGCGGGAACAAAUUUUCGGUGCAACACACUACACGACGCUGCACUCGCGUAUCGGACACCGCGACGCACAGUACUGUGAGCUAG